AUGCCUGGAAACGAGGUAGGAGACAGGGUUCAUAAUUUUUUUGGUCAAGAAAACUUGUCCCAAGGCCAGUAUCACUCACAGGCAGUUGACGGGAACUGGCCUGGGCUAAGCAACAAUUUGUGGGCUGGCAGCCAGAGACCAACUGGUGGACCUUUUCUUUCCAAUUUGAAGAAUUUUAAUCUACAACAAUCAGAUUCUGAGCAGGGACACACAAGUGCUCUACAUCUGCGACAUGGUUUGAACCUGGUACAAUCAAAUCAGAGGCCUGACAUUGGCAGAAAUCAAACACCAAACCAGCAAACAGCUGUUAAUGGCUAUAUGCAGGGACAUCAGGUUUUCCAGUCUAGGCAAAAUGAAGCAAGCAUUUUGGGAGUGGAUACAGGAGCUGAUUUGCAUGGCAUAUCAAGUCUAUCAAGAGGAGUAACAGUGCUCGAGUCACAACACGGGGCUGGUUUUGACCACUAUAAGAAAAGCUUGAGUAGGGUUGAUGCUACAGAGUCUCCUGUUAAUUAUGAUUUUUUUGGAGGUCAACAGCAAAUAAGCAGUCGACAAUCAGGCAUGCUUCAGUCUUUUCCUAGACAGCAGUUAGGGAUAAAUGACAUGCAGCUUUUACAACAACAAGCCUUGCUCAACCAGAUGCAAGAACUUCAAAGGCAGCAACAAUUUCAUCAACUAGAAGCAAGGCAACAUUCCAUGUCUCCAGCUUCCUCCAUUUCAAAACAGACAGUUGCAAGCCAUUCUGCAUCUCUUAUUAACGGCAUUCCAAUUAAUGAGGCAUCUAACCUUAUGUGGCAGCCUGAAGUUAUGGCAGCUAAUGCAAAUUGGCUCCAGCGAGGUGCAUCUGCGGUUAUGCAAGGAUCCACUAAUGGUUUUGUGUUAUCCCCCGAACAACUGCGCCUGAUGGGUUUGGUUCCUAAUCAGGGAGAUCAGUCUCUUUACGGGCUUCCAAUUUCUGGCUCAAGAGGUGCACCUAGCCUGUACUCUCAUGUUCAAGCAGACAAAUCAGCAAUGUCUCAGGUUUCUAUCCAAAACCCGUAUUCUCACGUUCAAGAUCAAACUAACCUAAACGAUGGAACUUCAGUUUCUAGACAAGAUAUUCAAGGAAAAAAUAUGUUUGGUUCAGUUGCUCCUGGUAUUAAUAGCGGGCUAAAUAUGGAGAACUUGCAGCAAAUGAAUUCUGAGCAAAGAGAUGUACCAAUGGAAGAUUUUCACGCGAGGCAAGAACUGGCUGGAUCAUCCGAGACUUCACAAGACAAGUUGACAGUGCAGGCUCCUCCACAUAAUGUGGCUACACUAGAUCCAACUGAAGAGAAAAUUUUGUUUGGUUCUGAUGACAACCCUUGGGAUGGAUUUGGCAGGAAUUCUGCUUUAAAUAUGCUGGAUGGUUCAGAUGGUUUUAGUGGAUUUCCUUCUCUUCAGAGUGGGAGUUGGAGUGCACUGAUGCAGUCUGCUGUAGCUGAAACUUCUAGUAGUGAAGUGGGUAUACAAGAGGAAUGGAGUGGUCUAAGUUCUCGGAAUACUGAACGUUCAUUGCCAAAAGAAGGACCUUCACCCAUUGAUAGCAACAAACAACAAUCAGUUUGGCCUGAUAAUAAUUUGCAGUCUGCCCCCAAUAUAAACUCAAGGCCUUUAAUUCGUCAAGAUGAUCUUAGCAGGCCCAGUUCUACUGUAAACUUUUCUGGUCUUCCUGGAUUUCAUCAGCCAGGUGCUGAUACUGCACAGGAACAGCAUAACAGGUUACAUGCAGAUUCUUCUCAAAGAUCAAUUCCCCAGACUUUAGAAAGAGGUAAAUGGCUAGAUUGCAGCCCUCAGCAUAAACCAGGGGCAGAAGGAAGUCAUAUUUAUGGAAAUGCUGCUAGUUCCUCAGGUUUAGAAAUAAAUGAAAAUAUUCAAAUAAGUGAGCCAUUGAAUAGGUCUAAUGGAUGGAAUUAUGUCAAAUCAGCCCCACCUGAUAACAAUCCUACUCCUAAAACUCGUGAAAAUGAAAACGUGUUUCAGCCUCAUCGAGAUAUGGGCCAGGUUCCUACAAUGUGGGAGCCUGAUUCUGAUAAUAAUUCAUCUGUUGCGCUGGAACAUGUAAAGUCUGCAGGUAAUCUGCAGGUUUGUGAGGAAGAUUCUGAUAUGAAUGGUAUGUCUGCCAUGCCAAAUUCUGGUGCUACAUGGGUAAGCCGACCAAGCAACCAUCAACAUUCUAAUGUUGACACAUGGAGGAAUACAGACUCUGUGGGGAGCUAUGGAAGAAAUGAAGGUGCAGGGAAAUAUAGGCAUCAUAUGGAGAAGAAUCCUUUAGUUUUGGAGUCAUUACAGAGCGAGAAGUCAGAAGGAGAAGCAUAUGAAAUAGACAACUCAAAUAAAAAGGAUAAAUCUGCUGAUAGUAUGGAGUCUAAUCCCACCCAUCACCGAGCUAGUGGUGUGAGAGAAAAUCCCAGUUUUGAUGGAAGUGAUAUGCACAGCCCAAAGUUACCUGGUCAGGGAAAUCGAAGACCUCCUGUAACUCGGAAAUUUCAGUAUCACCCAAUGGGGGAUGUUGGUGUUGAGACAGAAUCUUAUGGAAACAAACAUGUAAAUUCACAGCCUAUUCCCCAUCAACCCUUUGGAGGGCUUAAAGGUCGGGACCAGAGCUACUCAGGGCAGUCAAAAUAUGGUCAUUCUGAUGGGAAUUAUACUGAAACAGAGAAGGGUGACAAAAAAAGCUUUGAUGAUAAUGCUUCAAAAGCUGAACUGUCUAGUCAUGUACCGAAAACGUUAAUGCCAUUUGAUAGAAAUGUUGGUAAUUAUUCCUCGAACAAGACUGCUUCACCCAGUCAUAAUAUUCUUGAGCUUCUUCAUAAAGUGGAUCAGUCAAGGGAGCAUGGCUUUGCAACAAAUACGAGCACUUCUAACUGCCAUUUAUCUUCCAGGGUGAUGGAUACAGAAUCUUCUAAUGGGUCUAUUGUACAUCCUCAACAAAAUCAAAGCUCUUCAUCUCAGGGCUUUGGUUUACAAUUGGCUCCUCCUACUCAAAGGCUUCCUGCGGCGUCUUCUCAUGCUUCAUCACAUGUUGCAUCUGAGAUGAUAGAUAAGGGUACUUGGUUGGCUGAUGCUCAGGCUAUUCCUUCUCGAGAGUCAUCUCAUGAAAUUAGAAAUAACAUUGCUGGUUCCCCAAGGGUUCAUGCACAAAAUCAGAAUAUGGCUAGUCUUGGAGGACAAGUAGCUAAUAAUCAAUGUGACAGUGCAAGCCAUGUUGACCGAAUGGCUUCAGCUAAUCAGAUAGAUGAAUAUUGUGAAAGAGCUCAAACUAGUCAAUCUGCAGUGUCAUCUGCUCAGGAUCUUCCCAUGCUGAGUGGUAUAAAUCAAAUCCAUCCUGGAGAUCCUGCCAUGCAAAUUUCAGCAUUGGACGCUGGCACAGCUCCUCAUCCUUCUGUAAAAUUUAAUCCAUCUCUACAUGGUACCCCGUCAAAAGUUUUACGCAAUGUAUGGACAAAUGUUUCUGGUAUGCAACAGCCUAAUGCUUUGAAGGCUCCAUCCCAUCCCCAACCAAAUAGUAUCUUUGAAACUGCAUCAAGGCCACAAAAGCCACCUAUUGAAGAUUCCGAGAAUGAUGCUAACGACCGCUCUGGGAAACAGACGUUGCUUGAAGUUGUUGAUGCUGCUGACGGGACUGCAAAUGCUUCAUGUGUGAAGGAACAUAUUGUGAAAAGCAUACCUGAUGCAUCUCAAUCUAGCCAAGCAGCGACUCCUAGAGAUAUUGAGGAUUUUGGCCGGUCUUUAAAACCAAACACUUUCUUGCAUCAUAAUUUCUCUACACUAAAUCAAAUUCAGUCCAGGAAAAAUAUGGAGUUCAAUCCUAUUGAUCAAGAUGUCAACAAAUUCAAAGUAUCAGAUGAUGUAGGAGAUAGACAGUUUGAUUCUAAUCAUGGACAACGGUCAUACGGAUACAAUUACGCAGUUGAAGAUGUUUUGGGUAAUAAUUCUGCAGUACCAGGUGAUGGACGAGAAGCUAAUGCAUCUUCUGAGGAGGUGGUUGAAUAUGGUCAGAAAAAUGCUGCUAAUAGCAACAAGCCUUUCAUUGUGAAGAACCAAUCUGCCAGUCUGCAUCUUGGCAAUUCAAUGGAGCAAGUAAGUAGUCUCAAUAAUACUGAUCAGCAUGGACAUGCCAGGCCAAGUCCAGUGCCUACUUCAGUUGCAAGUGUCAAUGUGCCUUCUCAGUUAUUGCCUCCUGCUGUUGAGCCUGAUUUGCAUGUUGAGAGACCAAAGAAGCGUAAAAGCGCCACUUCAGAACUUAUGGCAUGGCAUGAAGAGUUGAAACAGGGUUCAGAAAGGCUUCGAGAUAUCAGGGUGGCAGAAUUAGACUGGGCUCAAGCUGCAAAUAGAUUGAUUGAGAAGGUUGAGGACGAUGCUGAGCUAGUAGAAGUUUUGCCAAGAAUGAAGUCAAGAAGAAGACUUGUCUUGACAACACAGCUUAUGCAGCAACUACUUAACCCUCCUCCAGCUGAAGUUCUCUCUGCAGAUGUCAAGUUGCAUAAUGAUAGUGUGGUUUAUUCCGUGUCUAGAUCAGUAUUAGGAGAUGGUUGCAGUUCUGUCUCAUUGUGUGGAAGGGAUUCGCCAGUGCCAGCUGCUAGCAAAAACCUCCUGCCCAAUAAGCUUAAAUCUUCUGAUAAAAUUGACCAGUACAUUUUGAAAGUGGAAGAGUUUUCUGAUAGGGCAAGGAAGCUGGAAAAUGAUAUGUUGAGAUUGGAAAGCAGAGCCUCAGUUUUGGACUUAAGACUUGAGUGUCAUGAUCUGGAAAGAUUUUCUGUCAUCAAUCGAUUUGCCAAAUUUCAUGGACGGGGGCAGAAUGAUGGGGCAGAGACUUCAUCAUCCUCAGAAGCAACGGCGAAUGCUCCGAAAUCAUUUGUCCAAAAAUAUGUUACUGGACAUCCAAUGCCUGAAAAUAUCCCAGACAGGGUACAAUGUCUUUCACUUUGA